CUUCUCGAAGCGUUUCUCACUUCGCGGGACCGCUGAUGACUCCCUUCAGACGUCUGCAGACGCCUUGCCUCGAUCAGUGGACAAGUAUAUGCUCGUAAGAUUACGAUUUGACUUUUCGAAGGAAAUUAAAUCGCGUGGACGUUUCUGUUUCGUAUUAUGGAGCCGUACGACGUAAUCGUCAAUCAGCCGGUGGUUAUCGAUAACGGAUCUGGUGUGAUCAAGGCGGGGUUUGCGGGCGAUCAGAUACCAAAGUGCAGAUUUCCAAAUUAUAUUGGGAGGCCAAAACAUGUACGUGUUAUGGCUGGUGCUUUAGAGGGAGAUCUGUUUGUGGGUCCAAUAGCAGAGGAACAUCGUGGCCUUUUAUCCCUUCGGUAUCCAAUGGAACAUGGCAUAGUCACAGAUUGGAAUGAUAUGGAACGCAUUUGGUCUUAUGUUUAUAGUAAAGAUCAGUUAGCAACAUUCAGCGAGGAGCAUCCUGUUUUACUUACAGAAGCACCUUUGAAUCCAAGAAAAAAUCGUGAAAAGGCAGCUGAAAUAUUUUUUGAAACGUUUAAUGUUCCAGCUUUAUUUGUUUCUAUGCAAGCCGUACUUAGCUUAUAUGCCACAGGUAGAACCACAGGAGUGGUUUUAGAUGCUGGUGAUGGUGUUACACACGCUGUACCUAUUUAUGAAGGUUUUGCUAUGCCUCAUAGUAUAAUGCGAGUUGAUAUAGCAGGACGUGAUGUUACAAGGCAUCUUAGAUUACUUUUACGCAAGGAAGGUAUUAAUUUUAAAACUACAGCGGAAUUUGAAAUUGUCAGAAUAAUUAAAGAGCGAGCGUGCUAUCUUGCUAGCAAUCCACAAAAAGAAGAAACAAUAGAAACGGAGAAAUUUCAAUAUAUAUUACCUGAUGGCAGUCAUUUGGAGAUUGGUCCGGCACGAUUUAGAGCUCCUGAAGUGUUGUUUAGACCAGAUCUGAUAGGCGAAGAAUGCGAAGGUCUUCAUGAAGUAUUAACAUACUCCAUUCAGAAGUCUGACUUGGAUUUGAGGAAAGUUUUAUUCCAAAAUAUUGUACUUUCGGGAGGGUCAACAUUAUUUCGCGGUUUUGGUGAUAGAUUAUUGUCGGAGAUUCGUAGGAUGUCACCAAAAGACAUUAAAAUAAGGAUAUCUGCGCCUCAAGAACGAUUGUAUAGUACUUGGAUUGGUGGAUCCAUUUUGGCUUCUUUAGACACUUUUAAGAAAAUGUGGGUGAGUAAAAGAGAAUUUGAUGAAGAUGGUAUACGGGCUAUUCAUCGUAAGACAUUUUGAAUUUAAUUUAGAGAAUCUUUCGAGAGUGUUAUAUAUCGCGAAUAAUUUUAUUAUAUCACAAUACGAAAUAAUGGUACACUCGGCACAAUAACAAAAUGUAUUGCGGUAAAUAUAUUAAUUAUUUAUUUAUAGAUAAUCGCACGCGCGCGCCCGUAUAAUUUCUACAUCAUAUUUCAAGGGAUUAUUAUUUCUGUAUUUUUAAUCAUAUUUUUAAGACCUUUUAUUGAGCCUUUAUUGUUGUUAUUUGAGUCACGCCAUAUGAAUCCAUGUCAUAUUGAAUUAUGGUGUCAGAAAUCAUAUAAAUUUUCCUCUUGCAAAGUACAUAGAAAUAUAUAUAUAUAUAUAUAUAUAUAUAUAUAUAUAUACACAACUUUUUAAAACUUAGCUUUUUUUUUGUAUCUCAUUAUUUGUGUCCAAUAAUAUAUAUUAGUAAAACAUAUUUUUUUUUUUUAUUUAUGUAUUAAUAAAUAGCUGCAAAACUUGAUUAAUUGCUGUACAGUUUAUUUUUUUUUUAAAUAUGAUACACAUGCAAAUGAGUUGUACAUGCAUUUAUUAAUGCAGAAUAAUAAAAAAGGGGAGUUUACGGUAUAUUUCGCCAAUUUUUUGUCAUCAAGUAUGAGUGACCAAAAAAAAAGAAAGUAUUUCGCAAGAAAAAAUUUAGAAGAUUUAUUGCUUUUGGCAUCAUAAUUUAAUAAGGCUGCAACAAGAAAACAGAAACAUUAAAGGCCAGUUAUAAUACAAAAGUACUUUAUUUUGAUAGAUAUAUACAUAGUGAUUUCGAUAUACAGUUAUAUGUACAUUGGAUAUUUCUGCAGACUGCAAGACAUAAUGCAUAAAGAAAUAAAAGCGGACACAUUAAAAUCCUUUACAGAAACGUAAAUAUCUUUUGGAAUCAAAUCGAUCAAGGUCAAACAUGUCAAAUUUUCAAUCUUAAUGUUUAUUUAUAUAUUCAGUUGUGCUCAGCACUGUCAUAUAUAUUAUAGUGGAGUAAAAUUUAAAAAAAAAUGCUAUAUUUUGCCCCUUCAAUAUAAUGAAACAAAAUAUUCUGGAAUUUCCAUGUGCAGUAAUAUUUAUGCAAAGCAUUUGUAAAUAUGUACGCUUUUCCUAAAAUAAAUCUAUAUAGUCUUUAUAAGUGCAUGUGAUUGAAAUAUAGAUUUUUACAACUGUAUUGUAACAUCGAGAUUUGUAGCUUUACAUUAAGUAAUUGUUUCCAAUGUAUUUUGUAUCGCAUAAACCAUUAAUUUUUGUAAUGUAUUAAAUGCUGAAGAAACACAAAAUAUCAGGAUAUUUUUUAUUUAUAUAAUAUAUUUAAUAUAUAGCUGUGAUAAGAAAAAGAAUAGUUUGUAGACAUUUUUCCGUCAAAAAAUUUAUCAACUUUUUUAUCAUUGCACAAGGAAACAAGAUUAUAUUGGAAAAUAACAAGUGGCAAUAUAAUUAGAUCAUAUUUAAUUAUAUAAUUAUUUGUUACAAUUAUACAAUGUAUAUUGUCUGUACUAGAAAAGAAAUAUCGCGAGCAUUAAGAAAAACUGAUUAGCGAUUAUUAUAUUUUAAUAUAUCGCAUAUAACGAAAAAUAAAA